GAUGAGAAAACUCAGUUGUUGCUCAAAAGUCACAUCACAUAAGUCGAGGGCGGCAUCCGGUUGGGUAAACAGAAAUUGAAAAUACAAAAUCGAAGCCGCUGGAGAAAGCUCUAGAGAAUCAGCAGUUGGUGCGGCCGUAAAUAUACCUUUCCGAUAAGCGAAGCUUAGUGAAUCCCCGGCGAAACGGCAUACCCCAGCGAUAUAGUGAACACCGUUCGUGGAGGUGACUCAUCUGUCCUCUGCAAUUACAUAAAUUUAUGAAACGAAGCACACCUCAUCCACGCUCGAUUUGGAUACUUACAGCUUGCUGGUUGCUCCCCCUGCUCUGCCUAGCCCUCUCCCUCAGCCCGCUGGUCCGCUCCUCUGACGUCACCAUGGCCGACGCCGCUCGCCAGGAGUACGCCCGCCGGCUGGCCCUCUUCUCCAUCAACGUAUACGGAAAACUGGCGGCACAGAAGCCCGGCGAAAACAUCGUCUUCUCGCCCUUCUCCAUCCAGACCUGUGCGGCGAUGGCGCGGCUGGGUGCCGAGGGCGAGACUGCCAGCCAGUUGGACCACGGCUUGGGCCUGGCCUCCAGCGACGCUGCCCAAAUCGCCCAGACCUUCCACCAAGUGCUGGCCGCGUACCAGGACAGCCAGAUCCUGCGCAUCGCCAACAAAAUCUUUGUGAUGGAGGGCUACCCGCUGCAGCAGGAGUUUGAUGAGUUGUUGACCAAGCAGUUCCUCUCGUCGGCGCAGAGCGUAAACUUUGUGAAGAACGUCGAGGCGGCAGCCACUAUCAACAGGUGGGUGGAGGAGCGCACCAACAACCUGAUCAAGGACCUGAUCCCGGCCAACCUGCUGAACCCCGACUCUCGAAUGGUUUUGGUGAACGCCAUUCACUUUAAGGGCAUCUGGAAGCACCAGUUUCCCAAGCAUGCCACUCGGCCGGACACCUUUUACGUGGAUGGCGAGCGCUCCGUCCAUGUUCCGAUGAUGGGACUAAAGGAGCGGUUCCGCUAUGCCGAUCUGCCGGCGCUGGACGCCACUGCCCUGGAGCUGCCCUAUAAGGACUCGGAUCUCUCCAUGCUGAUCGUCCUGCCCAACAGCAGGACUGGUCUGGCCGCUCUGGAGGACAAGCUGCGCAUCACAGCUCUCUCGCAGAUCACACAGGCACUGCACAAAACCCAGGUGGUGGUAAAGUUGCCCAAGUUCAAGGCCGAGUUCCAAGUGGAGCUGAAGCAGGUUUUCCAGCAGCUGGGCAUGUCUAAGAUGUUCACCGACCAUGCUGAAUUCGGCAAGAUGCUGCAGAGCCCCGAGACCCUGAAGGUCUCGGCCAUCAUACACAAGGCCUUUAUCGAAGUGAACGAAGAGGGAACCGAGGCCGCAGCUGCCACGGGUAUGGUCAUGAUGCUCACUUCGAUGCCUAUGGCCCAGCCGGAACCGAAACGAUUCUACGUGGAUCAUCCAUUUAACUUUUACAUUCUGAAUAAGGACGCGACAGCUCUUUUCGCUGGGAGCAUACAGAAACUUUAAUCCUGGGUACAUCCUACUAACCAACCAUGCGAUCCGGGUGUCUCAUCUCCAUGUAUGCCGUUAAUGGCGACUUCCGGAUCCCAAAGAUUCUUGGCUCCGCCUUUAAAGCUCCAAGCUAUAACCACAAACCAAAUGUAAUAAGCUUAAGACUGCGCACAAUCAAUGAUCUUGUAUUUACUCUUUACUUUUUUGUACUAACCAAGCAUGUAGCCUCAAUAAAGUCCAACUGUAUAAAGUU